AUUCCAACAUGGCAGUGACUGUGGUCAGUGUUGCCUGCGCUAACUUGGAAUGGUUUUAAAUCCCACGCAGCCUCGCUUAACCCACCGCACAGUCAUUCAUCAGCAAGCUCUACCGUGGAUCGAUGUUGCUCUAACCCCAGAGGUCGACCUGUCGCACAUACAGCGAGAAAUGAUCAGUAGCAGCAGCGUCUAUGGCCUAAAGAUGCAGUGGACCCCAGAGCACGCGCAGUGGGCGGAGCAGCACUUUGACAUCACCUCCACCACGCGCUCGCCGGCCCACAAGGCCGAGGCUUACCGGGGCCACCUGCAGCGCGGCGGCAGCACCUACCAGUACGCCUGGGCCAACGACGACAUCUCUGCACUCACCGCCUCCAACCUGCUCAAGAAGUACGCUGAGAAGUACUCUGGCAUCCUGGAGAUGCCCAGUGAGAGGGCCCUGCUGAACUCCUACGCCGAGGCCGGGAUGAACGGCAGAAAGGGGGAGGGCGAGGCCUGGCAGGAGGGGGUAUACUGCGUCCCCGAGGGGAUGUCCAUGAGGAAAGGAGGGGUGGCGGCGGAGGUGGCUGGUAUGUGCAGCUCGCCAUCCCCGGGCCUGGCCUCCAGCGGCCUGACAGAGCCUGGUUAUUCCAGCAGCAGCUGUGGUAGUCACACCGCCACGGCCCUCCACUCCUCUGCAGGCUCCUCUCAGGAAUACGGCCACAGCUACAGUGGCUCCUACCUGGGCUACAGCUCCCAGGUCACCACCUCCCCGCUGCACAGCUCCGGCGUCUUGCAGCCCCCUCCUCCGCCCCCACAUCCCUCCCUGGUCCCGGCCUACAAUGGGGGAUCCUCCAACCUUUCGUGCUACAAUUACCCACAUGCCGGGUACCCCUCCCAGAGCUCUGUGGGGCCAGGCUACAGCCCUGGGGGAGCCCCCCCUCCAUCCUCCUACCUACCGUCAGGGAUCGCCGCUCCCACCCCCCUGCCCCCCUCCUCCACGCUCCCCGGGUACCCCUACCAGUCGCACAACCUUGGCCCCAUCGCGCCCACUCCUCUGAAUGGCAGCUCGUCCAACUCUCUGAAGAGAAAAGCCUUCUACAUGACAGGGCAAGGGGAGAUGGACUCCACUUAUGGAAAUUUUGUCUACGGCCAGGCGCGCAGCACCGCAGAGAGCCCCAUGUACAGGGUACCGGACAGCAGCAUCUCAAAUGCGGGCGGCGGAGGGAAUGGUUUUGACAGGAACGCUGGCAAGUCAUCUUUGCCGUUUAAUACCCAAAAGCAGCCCAUGGUCUCUGAGCAGUCUGCGGGUGGAGCCCUCACCCCUCCGUCCUAUGCCUCCACUCGGGGUGGCUCGCGCUCAACCGACUCCCUGGGCAGCUUCACCUCUCCCUCCCUGAGCGACCAAGGGGACGAGCACCGCCUGCACCUCUCCCACCUCUCCCUGACGGGGGCGACCUCAUCCUCCCGGCCCGCUGAGGAGCAGCUGAAGAGCAGCGACCCCCACCUCCUGGACAUGGUGACCUCUGAGAUCCUGCAGCAGGGACCCCCAGUGGACUGGAGUGACAUUGCAGGCCUGGAGCUGGCCAAGGCCACUCUGAAGGAGGAGGUUCUCUGGCCCAUGCUACGUCCAGACAUGUUCAGCGGCCUAGGUUCGGCCCCGAGGUGCGUUCUACUGUUCGGCCCCAGAGGAACGGGCCGGACGUUGCUGGGCCGCUGCAUGGCAAGCCAGCUGGGGGCACCCUUCCUGCAGCUCAGAGGCUCCACCUUGGCCACCAAGUGGCUGGCAGAGGGUGACAAGAUCCUGCGGGCCUCCUUCCUGGUGGCGCGCUGCCGCCAGCCCUCAGUGCUGUUCAUCAGCGACGUGGACAUGCUGCUGUCGGCCCAGCUCAACAACGAGAGCCCCGUUCACCGCCUCAAGGCCGAGCUCCUGGCCCAGCUUGAUGCGCUGCUCCUGGGGCCGGCCGAUGACUCCAACAACCACGUCCUGGUGGUCUGCUCCACCAGCAAGCCCCAGGACAUGGACGAGGGGCUGCGACGGUACUUUGGACGGCGGGUCCUGGUGCCGCUGCCGGACGGUUCGUCCCGCCACCACAUGCUGAGCCAGCUGCUGUCCCAGUCCCAGCGCAAGUACUGCCUCAGUGAGGAGGAGCUGGUGCUGCUGGUCCAGCGCACCGAGGGCUUCUCCGGCCUGGACGUGGCAAGGCUGUGCCAGGAGGCCCUGGUGGGCAUGCUGCACACCUCCUCCCAAGGCCUGGACCUCUCGGUGAGCAUCAUGCCCACGGGCCAGAUGCGACCCCUCACCUACCAGGACUUUGACAGUGUUUUUUGCAAAUUCCAGCCCAGUAUAUCGCAGAAAGAGAUCGACACGUACACCGAGUGGAACAAAAUGUUUGGAUGCGGUCAGUGAACCUCGGGGGGAAAGUCCUCAAGAAAGAGGCGUUGGGAAUUCUUUGACCUGGCUGUGGUGCUAACCAGAGAGGAAGGCACACAAAAGGGGUGACGUAAACCCCCCACACGUGAGACCUGACACCAGAGGUGGAGAAACAUCAAGAGACUUGGUUGGAGUGAUACCUGAUGGUUUUGCAGGUAACGAGCAGAGAUUUCAUUAGGAUGCUUGACGCUGCUAAAGUCAGGCAUAGUUAUACACAUUAAGAAGGGGUCAACUUGAGAAGAGACAGAGGAGGACCGUGUGUAUAUAUACAUUUGUUGUUGUCCCCUAAAAAUGUAGUUGGCUAACCAAGUGCCUGUAGUGGUGCUUUCUUAAUUAUAAUUUCUUUUUUUUUAUGUAUAAUGAUUUUGUUUGCCUCACAAUCUACAUUAAUGGCAUGUGCUGAUAUUAUGAGCUUUAAACUUCAACAGCAAAAUUAAAAUUAGAGUUGCCAUUUUCUCCUGCCAUUUCACCAAGUAUCAACAGUAUUCCUCAGGGGGUGACAGGAAUUUGGACCCCCGAUCCAUACACUUCAUCUCUGAUCCUCUGUCUGCAAAAAAAACUCAGGAAAGUGUUUGUGAAUUGUACAGUACCUCAGCGUCAUCACCACACAAAAGCACUACAAUCCUCUGAGAGUAUUAAGACCAAGAUUUUUGUCAUUUAUAUAAUAUCUAGAGAAACAGUGUUAGGUUUACCUCGAACCUUCUAGGGGAGACGGUCAAGGAGAUGAAAAUGAAUGUAACCAGAUUUAGUUCUGGAACGACGGGACAAAUAAGUCAAUAUGAAGAUUUCUCUUUUUCUUUUCCGAAGGCGCUUAAAUGAAGAAUUUGGCGAUGAGUUCAGUUUCCAUUUGAAGGUUUUUAGAAAAUGCGAUGCCCGAGUGUGUUUUUCUGAUCCCGAGUUAUUAUUGAAUUGAAUCAAGAUUGAUUGAAUCAAGAGAGUUGUUCCCCUGAUGUUUUAAGGGGGCGCUGAUGACCACGUAUAGUGGCUUAUGUGAAUGUUCGGGGAAGGUGGUCAACACCGAACAACUCUUUAGAUGGAACGAUGAACUUCAGUUGCUAUUGUGUGUUAUCACAGGAAGCCAUAGAAUUACUGUAAUUGACGAUGAAGCAGGAACGCCACCAAAUGAAAAAAAAAGCAAACGGUGCCGUGACACAGUGUGUGAUUCCGUAUUUCCCAAAAUAAAAUGCAACUUUAAGAUCACAUACUUUCUGUUCUACCUCAGUUGGUUUCAACUCAUCUAGGAGGCAGCAGAACAGUCGGGGGACAGCCUCAGAUCCAAAAUGGCCAAAUGCUAAUUAUUGCUAUAUGUCAGCCAGUCGAGUCGGUUUGAAUGAGAAAAGGCUGCCAGCUUUAUUCAUCACCGAGGUCAGAGGUUCAGCACCAGGGGCUCAAUUCCAAACCUGUUUUCAGUUCCUUACCAGAGGUCCUCAUUGGCUUAUCCAGGUACAGAUCUGAUGUGAUAAGACUGUCCACAACACUAUGGCUAUAAUGAUUGAACUCUGGAAUGCUCUGGAGAUUUUUGGUCAUGUUGCUAACACCCAUCCAGUUGUGUCAUAUCUGCAAGGAGACUCAACAAGGGCUUGCGGGUAGGAGCUUGGUAUUGUUUAAGGUAUUUGGCCAAUCGCAUCCUCAUUGUAUUGUUUGUACACACAUUACCCCAAGCACAUGGUCAGGGUGGAUAUACCACUAAUUGGACACUCAUCCUGGCUCUUAAAGGCCCAGUACAGUCAAAAACGUGAUUUCCCUGUGUUUUAUAUAUAUUUCCACACUAUAAGGUUGGAAUAAUACUGGGAAAUUAUGAAAAUUAUGACAGCACACCACUCAGACCACUCCCAGAAUGUCCUAGCAAAACUAUUGCUUUAGAAAUUGCCCUUUGCCAUUUUAAUUGAAAGCAAUCGCAGUGAGGUACUUCAAUGUUUCCCAGAAAGGAUUUGAUAUUGAGAUAAAAACAGCUGCAUUGCACCUUUAAGAAACGUUCAGUCAGUCUGCUGUGGUCAGUUCCAAAAGACCCACAGAACAGUGAUUCAUAGCUCAUUGUGUUGCAUUUGAAUGGAUUUUGUAGCUCUUCUUUUGUUCUCUGUGCGUGACUGUUGCUAUGCGUGUUGCGGUGUUGAUGUACCUACCGUAGGUGUAUUAUUAUUAUUAUUGUACAACAGCUGCACUCUCGCAUUCCUUUGUGUGUAUUUUUUGUUUUGGUGUUCAUAAUCACGGGUUUGCAAUCCCCGAGCACUGAGAUUGCCAGUCCUAUGUUGCUUGCCUUUACGUUUUGGUUUUUGUUUUGUCAUCUUGUGACCAGUGUAACGUUUAUCUCUUCCUAUGAUUGGUAUUAUUUCCAAUUCUAGUUUGCAUACCUUUUCCAUUUUAGCACUCGAUGGGAUUUAGAUGGAACUUGCCGCGACUGCACAUUGCACUCGUUUACCACGACGUCUCGGCUAUUUAAGAUUGAACACUUCUCCAAUUUCUCUCACUCGGGUAGAUUAAAGGGUGGAUCCACGGAAGUAACACGGCCGUAAUAUAACCGCUUACAUGGCUUUUGAAACUUUGACUCAAAUUAUACUUCACUCAUAUAAAACGAUAUUGGCAGGUGGGUGAAAUGUACAAUGCUCCACACGAACAAACCUUAGAACACAAAACAUCCACGUCAACUUCUCCGAUUUAGUUCACCUCUGGAGUUACUUAAGAUUGACCUGAAUGCACUUUCACAUACCUUCAAUCCAUCGGAAUGUUCAGAUGUUUCACAAACUUGAUACAGUGCUAACAGACGGAUGCUCACAGCCUGAGUGUGCUGUAUGUGUUCGAAGCUCAUUACUCGGAGGCUUGUUCUGGAAAUAGAAAAUGGAGUCUCGCUCCCUACUCCUUGACCCACAGCCCAGGCGUGUGAAUCUCACUUCUCCACUCACUCUCACUGAGGAGAGGAAAGGACACGCUGAGGUGUGUGUGUGUGUAUGUGUGUAUGUACGUGUGUGCGUGUGUGUGUGUGACAGUGUCAACAGCACAUGGAAACUGCAGUGCAGUCUGUCAACUGACCACAACGCGGUCUAUCCCAUAAUUCAGUCUGCCCUCUAAACUGAAACCUACUGAUGUACUUGAGAGCACGAAAAGCCCAUUCCUUCACAUAUACGGUACUUUCGAAAACAACCAAAUCACUUGAAUUGUACUAUCCAACCAAUCUUCUUGUCUUUGUUGUGUUGCUAUGUACUUUUCUCUCUGCUUCUUUUUUUCUUUGUACCAGAACUGGCAAACAAUGUUAUUGGUGGUUUCUGUGUUUGUUUAUUUUUUUCCCCCGCUUUCUAUUCAAUCAUUUUAUUAUAGUGUUCUUUGAGACAUUUCUACCUCAUGGCUACAUAUUACACAUGUAGUAUUUCAUUUAUGUCUUCUGAAUGUCCUACAAUUUGUUGACAAAUCGAACAAAUGAAAAAGAAAAAGCGAAGUGGGUGGGGAGCAGGAAAUCACAGGUCCUUGAGCUUGAGUCUACCUCAGAGGCACUGAGCAGAGGAGAUGGGGGUACAGUCUAACGUGUGUCUGACAAAACUGGAUGCACACUCACUCAAGACUCCGAGCGACAUACAGAUAGACACACAACACCCGCAAGGGAACAUUUCUGGUGGACUGGAGGAAACUGCUGGACAUUGCAGGUCCUCUCCGAGGUUUCUCUUGAUGCAUAAUCCAAUGCGUUGCUUUAAUCUUUGGUGAGCUGUAGUUGUGUGAUUGUGUAUAUUACGUGGGCACACAUGAAAAUGAUUUGGUUUGUGUGGGAUUUUAUAUAUAAUUAGUAUAUGUAAAACACACUUGCACAAAACUUUAACUGAGUGUAACGUGUUUCUGUUGUACAUAUUUAUAUACAUAAAUAAAUACAAAAUGCACCACAUACAUGUUUAUAUGUGUGAAUAUGUUGCCAUACUUGCAGUCGACUUCAAUGUAUUUUCAUGUAAUCUGUCUGAGGUACAAAAGACAACAACUGAUUCAUUAAAGAUG